GUAUUUUUUUGAUGUGUAAACUUCAAUCUAGUAUGUCUGCGGUAUACGGUGAUAAGUAAAUACAGUAUAAAAAUUAACUAUAACCUAAUUUUCUUGUGAGAUAAUAUACGUAUAUAUUAUGUAUUUCUAGUGCAAUUAGUGGCCUAAAACUACUUAACAUUAAAAAUGGGUGGACUGUUGAGUUACUUCAAGUCUCUUAUCGGGAACCGUGAGAUGAGAAUUCUGAUCCUGGGCCUGGAUGGAGCAGGAAAAACAACAAUUCUGUACAGACUUCAAGUUGGCGAGGUGGUCACUACUAUUCCUACAAUAGGAUUCAAUGUCGAACAAGUCACGUACAAAAAUUUAAAAUUUCAAGUGUGGGAUUUAGGUGGACAAACAAGCAUAAGGCCAUACUGGAGAUGCUACUACUCUAACACAGAUGCAAUUAUUUAUGUAGUGGAUUCUGCUGACAAGGAUCGGAUAGGAAUUUCAAAAGAUGAACUACUUUACAUGUUAAGGGAGGAAGAGCUGCAAGGGGCCAUCCUAGUGGUGUUGGCCAACAAACAAGACAUGGAGGGCUGUAUGAGUGUGGCUGAGGUGCAUCAGGCCCUGGGUCUAGAUGCCCUCAAGAACAGAACAUUCCAGAUCUUCAAAACUUCGGCAGUGAAAGGUGAAGGGCUUGACUCAGCUAUGGACUGGUUAACAAACGCUAUCCAGAACAAAAAGUGAACUGCCUAAAUGACGUUUUUUGUCACUAGAAGAGACGGGCUUGUUUGUGAUAAGGGAUUGUACACAACUUGAGUGUUAGUGAGUGGUUUGUACAAUUAAACAGACUAUAAUUAAUUAUGUAAGAUAUCAUAUAUUUCAUUUAAUAUUAUUCAACUGUUCAUAAUAAUAAAAAUAUUAUUACUAA